UUUUUCCUUGUAACUACCCAUAGAUUUUAGUGUACAUCUAAACACCAAAAAUUGUCUGGUGAGAGAAGUUGGGACUGUGUCCAGUCCAUUGUGCCCAUCCACUGCACACAUUCUCAACUUCUCUGACAGUACAACGUUAAGAAGUCUUCAGUCUUGAAAACACAAUUUGAACUAUGACAACCAAAUCCCCAGAAAAAAUCAAGGAGGAAUUUCUGUCAUUCAUUGAAGAAGAUGCUGUGGACCUCAGUGGAAUUGCAAAUUUCGUAAGGCAUCAUUGCAACUCUACAAUUCCUCUUGUGAAACCAAGAAGUUGUACUCUGAGAAUUUGUGGGCUGGAAGAAACAGUGUUUGAAGGGGAUGAAGAACAGCUUGAAACAUGGAAAGAUUAUUACCUGCCAGAAAGGAUGGAAAUGGAGGUGAUUGGUGUCAUUGAUGACUUCCCAUGUGAUGCAUUCGGUCUGCAGUUGGUGCUUUUGUUGGGUGAAGAUGGAAGGGUCUUUGCCUGUGAGGAUGAGCUUUUGCACCUCGUAGCCAGAAAUUUGAGAGACCUGUUCCAGUGCAAAAUGGUUUUCCCUGGAAUAGAGAUCUUCAAGCUUGGAGAAUGUUUUGAAGAGCCGACUGAGGAAGAAUAUCUUGAAAUGAUGGAAAGUGAAGAUAUCAAAGAAAUGAAGAAAUUACACAUGGAGUACAGAGAAUCUCUGGAGCUUGAAUUGCUGAACACUAUGAAUGAAAUCGCACAGAGUCGUAACGAUGAUAAACAAAAACAAGUGGUUUCAGAGGAUUUCACUUCAAGCACAAAACAAAGAUUUCAAGAAAAUUCAUCAAUAUGCAGUUGCAAGGUGGAAAACAGAGAAAAGGUUUGGUACAAUCAAUGUCAUUACAGGGCUUUUUGCCUAUCAAGCCAUGGGCUUGUUGUGUAAAAUUACAUGAAUCCAGUUGAAAUGAAUCUUGAUCUUCUGCUCUUUCAGAAUGCAUUCAGACUUAUGUCUUGUAAACAACAUUUAAUUCUGAAAUAUUUUUCAGUGUCUAAAGUUUAUUAAUAAAAUACAGUACAUACUUCUUCCAUUAGCUGAAGAGAUUUUAUUAGAGUGGCUUCAUCAGGUGGUGUUGAUUUCCUGGGAAAUGACAAGGUUACAUACAGCAAAUUCAUCUUCUGACAUUUCAUUUUUCUCCAACUUUGUGCUCCUUGCCUGAAUGCUGUUAAAGUGGGACAUUUAAACCUAAUCAGCUUUAUUCUUUAUUAU